UCGACAAUGUUAGCAGUUGUGAUUGUCCUAGUUCCUGAGGCCAGACUGAUGCUUUUGUCAAACUUGGGCUGUUGAAAAGUGACGUAUUCUGACAAGAACACGGACCACACCGUGUUUCUUGGCGUCAGCUUCAGCUCUCCUUUGUUAUUUCUCUCCGGGCCAACCACCUGCCUCGGUUUGGUCUAUCCGAAAAUUGGAGCUCGGCUUUGGUGUGCAACAAGAGGAAGCUGGGGCCGCAACCGCGCUGGGGGCGCCGGCAUCAACAAACCGUGCCAUCCCUCCCCAGCCUUCUCAUUGACCGCGCCAUCUCCACAUGUCCAUGUCCAUGUCCACAUGCUACCACCUGCUUAGACUAUAGUGUCCCUCCCCAUCACCAGCCACAUAGUUUUCAACAUCUCUUGACGACCUCCCCGAGUAAACCGACGAGAGCAAGCCGCAACCCGCCCGGAACGAGAUGAUCGAUCGUAACAUCACCAAUGUCGCCGCCCUAUGAGUCGUCCCGCCGCCGCGGCGUCUGGAACCAUUGGGUCCCGCUCGCCGUGACCGUCACGGUUGCGACAGUGGGCGUUGUCGCCUGGGUUUGGAGCCAGCGGAAGGAGGAAGAUCAGGAGGAAACAGAGACCGGUUCCGCCUACCAGGAUCUCGACUACGAUGAAGGCGAAUAUGGUGACAACCCCGCCUACGGCGCGUCCCGGGAUGGUGCUGCUGGCGGGACCCAGACUCGCUCGGGCGGUCCUGGUGUCGCUGCUGCAGCCUCGCAGGUGGAAUCGUCCACCCUGGGCUGGGCUGCAUUGCGCCGGACGCCGAGUCCUUCACAAUUCUUCGAUACCGCGAGGAGGACUGUUACUGGAGGGCUGAGUGCGGCUGGCGCAGCUGUUGGAAGUGCUUUGGCUGCCAUCAGGGAAGAGGACAAGACCGCAUAUGCAGACCACGAGACCUGGUCCGAGGAGAUCGAGGCCAAAAAGGAAAGGGUUGUCCCAUCAACCUCACAGGCCAAGGAUACCCACAAGCGCCGUAAGAAGGUUGCCAUUGUUAUCUCGGCUGAUAAUCAUAUCGACGAUGUGGAUGCGGAUGGGUAUCACGAACAUGCUUCUAUUUUGUCUCACAUUCCUCGGUCAAUUGACACCUCCAAGCACAAGCUCUAUGUUCUCAUCUAUGCCCCCAAUCUCAAGGAGACCACACGCGAAUCGCCUAGCAACCGUCCCCCGCCUUCUUUGAGCUCGUCUUUCUCCAACAUCGACCCCGCUCAAGCCCAGACUCCCGGCGAUGAGGCCAAGAGCCCUGCAAUUGGCCCAUCCACAUCUGAUCCGGCCUACAACGCUAUUUAUGCCCAGGCUCAAGCGCUUGUUGAAAAAGACAGCAUGAUUCUGACCUUUACCACCCUUAAUGGCCACUCGCACAUUUUGCGCCACAUUCAGCCCGAGAUCAUCUACCUCCAGGAGUCUCUCGGCGGCGAGAAUGGCAGCAUUGUCACCAACCUUCAGACCUGGCUCCGUCAUGACAUUAUUCUGGUAGUGGGAGCGGAAAGCGGCCACGGAGGUCUUGCUGAUAGCGAGUCAGAGGCGGAGAAGCCCGAAAAAGCGGAAGAGAUCUGGUGGCAUCGGGAAGACCGGGUGGGCAGAGGACGCGGUGUCAUCGUGGUCGAUGCCCAAAAGGUGCAAGACGACUGGGCUCGCAGAGUGCUGGGUAAGGAGUAAAAACAGGCCCGAGUGAUGGACAUGACUGCUCUGAGUUGAUGAUGAUGGAUUGGAUUUUUUGAUUUCUUGUAGACAUGUUGCGUGAGCAAGCGUGUCAUAUAUACCUCUGUAAGCACGAUUUACAUAAGAUGCUGGUGUCACAGCCUAUCUAGUAGUAGUAGUAGUAGUAGUGCUAGUAUCUAUAAAACAAAAGAUGGAAGGAUACUGCAUUUUGCUGGGGUCACGUGAUGCGGCUCAGUGCCAAGCAGCGUUGAAGCCAC